CAGAGUUCUACCUUGUAAAUACUGUUAUUUGUAUAUACUGUAAAUGAUGACAUCGGUGGGCACUAACCGAGCCCGGGGGAACUGGGAGCAGACACAGACACAGAGCCAGACACAGCACAAGCAGCGGCCGCAGGCCACUGCGGAACAGAUUCGACUUGCACAGAUGAUUUCGGACCACAAUGACGCUGACUUUGAGGAGAAGGUGAAACAACUGAUCGACAUCACAGGCGAGAACCAGGACGAGUGUGUGAUUGCUCUGCAUGACUGCAACGGAGAUGUUAACAGAGCCAUCAACGUGCUGCUGGAGGGCAAUCCGGACACGCAUUCCUGGGAAAUGGUCGGGAAGAAGAAGGGUGUCUCGGGACAGAAGGAGAGUGGACAGACAGAACCCAGUGAAGAAAGCAAAGAAAACCGGGAGAGGGAUCGGGAUUUCAGCAGACGACGUGGCGGGCCACCGAGGCGGGGGCGAGGUGCCAGCCGUGGAAGAGAGUUUCGCGGCCAGGAGAAUGGACUAGACGGUGGUAAGAGUGGAGGAUCUUCUGGAAGAGGCACAGAAAGAGGGAGGCGGGGACGUGGCCGAGGCCGAGGUGGCUCUGGAAGGCGAGGGGGAAGAUUCUCUGCCCAAGGCAUGGGAACUUUCAACCCGGCUGACUAUGCCGAGCCGGCCGGCACGGAUGAGAACUACGGGAAUAGCAACAACAACACGUGGAACAACACGGGCAGCUUCGAGCCGGAUGAUGGCACAAGUGCGUGGAGGGCAGCGACAGAAGAAUGGGGCACGGAGGACUGGAAUGAAGAUCUGUCUGAGACGAAGAUCUUCACCGCCUCCAACGUGUCUUCAGUGCCUCUGCCUGCUGAGAAUGUGACAAUCACAGCUGGACAGAGAAUCGAUCUUGCAGUCCUGCUAGGAAAGACGCCCUCUUCUAUGGAGAAUGAGUCAACAAACCUGGAGUCGUCCCAGGCUCCUUCCCUGGCCCAGCCACUGGUGUUCAGCAAUUCCAAGCAGAGUGCGAUAUCCCAGCCGGCCUCUGGUAACUCCUUCUCUCACCACAGCAUGGUGAGCAUGCUGGGGAAAGGGUUUGGAGACGUCGGGGAGGCCAAAGGCAGCAGUACCACGGGUUCUCAGUUCCUGGAGCAGUUCAAGACGGCCCAGGCUCUGGCUCAGCUGGCUGCUCAGCACACCCAGCCUGGCGGGAGCACCACUGCUUCUUCUUGGGACAUGGGAUCCGCUACGCAGACCUCGUCUCUUGUGCAGUAUGAUCUCAAGAACCCAACAGACUCUUCUGUGCAUAGUCCCUUCAAGCGUCAGGCCUUCACGUCAACUUCAACCAUGAUAGAAGUGUUCAUGCAGGAGAAACAGCCUGUGGUGACUGCCUCCACAACCGUGCCGGCACCCCCUUCCUCACCGCUGCCCAGCAAAACCAAUCCUGUUCCCCAGAUGUCCCCAGGGUCCUCGGACAACCAGUCCUCCAGUCCCCAGCCAGCCCAGCAGAAGCUGAAGCAGCAAAAGAAAAAAGCAUCGUUAACAUCAAAGAUUCCUGCACUUGCGGUGGAAAUGCCUGGCUCAGCGGAUAUCUCAGGGCUAAACCUGCAGUUUGGGGCGUUACAGUUUGGUUCGGAGCCUGUUCUCGCGGAGUACGAAUCGACGCCCACAACAAGCGCUGCCGUUAGCCAAUCUCAAAGCAGCCUGUACACCAGCACGGCUAGUGAAUCUUCAUCCACAAUUUCGUCCAAUCAAAGCCAGGAGUCUGGUUACCAGAGCGGCACAAUACAGACAGCAACGUUUACCUCCCAGAACAGCGCUCAGGGACCACUGUACGAACAGAGAUCCACCCAGACGAGGCGAUACCCAAAUUCAAUCUCCUCCUCGCCCCAGAAAGAUCUGACCCAGGCCAAGAAUGGUUUCAGUUCUGUACAACCCACGCCAUUACAAACCACGCAGGCCGUUGAAGGUGCUACAGGCCCCGCAGUCAAAUCCGAUUCCCCCUCUGCUCCCAGUAUCACGCCUCUCAACGAUGGGGUGUCUGCAUCGUCCUUGCUGACCACAGCCAGCCAACACUCGACAGCUCUGAGCAGCCUGAGCCACAGUGAGGAACUCCCCAGUACAACCACCGCCCAACUCAGCAGUACGUUACCUGCCCAGCAGAACAGCCUGUCUUCAUCCACAUCCUCUGGGCGAACGUCAACUUCAACUCUUCUGCACACAAGUGUGGAGAGUGAAGCAAGCCUCCAUUCUUCUGCUAGCACUUUCUCCACCUCCUCCAGCACAGUGUCAGCUGCCCCGCCAGUUGUAAGCGUUUCAUCCAGUCUCAGCAGCGUCAGCAGCCUGGGCCUCAGCCUCAGUAGUAACUCCACGGUGACGGCCUCGACUCGCAGCUCUGUUGCAACAACAUCAGGAAAAGCCCCUCCCAAUCUCCCUCCUGGAGUCCCACCGUUGUUGCCUAAUCCGUACAUCAUGGCUCCAGGGUUGCUACACGCGUACCCGCCACAGGUGUACGGAUAUGACGACUUGCAGAUGCUCCAGACGAGAUUCCCAUUGGAUUACUACAGCAUCCCAUUCCCUACCCCCACCCCCCCGCUGACUGGAAGAGAUGGCAGCCUGAGCAGCAAUCCGUACUCUGGUGACUUAACAAAAUUUGGCCGAGGUGAUGCCUCUUCCCCCGCUCCUGCAACGACUUUGGCCCAGCCUCAGCAGAGCCAGACCCAGACUCACCACACCACGCAGCAGACGUUCCUGAACCCAGCGCUGCCUCCUGGCUACAGUUACACCAGUCUGCCAUACUACACAGGGGUACCAGGGCUCCCCAGCACCUUCCAAUACGGGCCCGCCGUGUUCCCUGUUGCUCCUACCUCUUCCAAGCAGCAUGGUGUGAAUGUCAGCGUCAACGCAUCAGCAACCCCUUUUCAGCAGCCCAGCGGCUAUGGCUCUCAUGGCUACAGCACUGGUGUAUCUGUGACAUCCAGUAAUACAGGAGUGCCAGACAUCUCGGGCUCUGUCUACUCCAAAACUCAGCAAUCCUUCGAGAAGCAGGGAUUUCACACUGGAACCCCGGCAGCCUCCUUCAACCUGCCUUCGGCGUUGGGCAGCGGCGGCCCCAUCAACCCGGCGACGGCGGCGGCGUAUCCCCCCACCCCUUUCAUGCACAUCCUGACCCCGCAUCAGCAGCCCCACUCGCAGAUCCUCCACCACCACCUGCAGCAGGACGGGCAGAGCGGCUCCGGGCAGCGCAGCCAAGGCAGCUCCAUCCCCCAGAAAUCCCAGGCCAACAAGUCUGCCUACAACAGCUACAGCUGGGGCACCAACUGAGGCCGGGGCGGCCCUGGCCCACCACUUGCUUCCGGAAGAGAAUCCCACCGAAUGCCGAAGGAUCCCGGGGAGGAGAGCGCCCUGCCGCGGGGCAGCGCCCGGGCCCUGCAGCCCCCGGGCAGGGCAGGGCGGGCGGCUCUGCGUUCUCUCUUCAGCCACCUUUCCUGUUGUAUGUAAUAUAGAAUUUGUAUUUUUUUUUUCUUUUUGUUUUUCGUU